GCUGGUUCCCUGUAAUUAAGCAGGAUUAAGUGAUUUGUCCCCUGUGCUGCUGGGUACUGUGAAGGAAGCUCAGGCAAGUUCUGAAAGUGCGACAUGAUGAGGAUAUUGUCACUUCCCACAGAGAAUGCAGUGACGUACAAUGAUGUACUGGUGAGCUUUACUCAGGAAGAAUGGGCUUUGCUGGAUCCUUCCCAGAAGAGUCUCUACAAAGAUGUGAUGCUCGAAACCUAUAAGAACCUCACUGCCAUAGGCUAUAACUGGGAAGAUGAUAAUAUUGAAGAAGAUUGUGAAAAUUCUGGACGAUCCAGAAGGCAUCUUCAAAGGGAUGGACCAAGUAAUACUGCAGAGAAACCCUUUGAAUAUAUUCAAUAUGAUGGAGCCUUUGCAAGAAACCAUCAUCAUCAGUUACAUAAGAGCACUGGAUCUUUCAUGUCUUAUACUGAUCAUCAAAUACAUAGAAGAGAACACACUGAAGAAAAAUUCUAUGAUGGUAACCAAUGUGGUAAAACCUUUUCAUGUCACAGCCAUUUUGAAAUUCGUAAAGGAACAUAUACUGGAGAAAAACCCUAUGAAUGUAAUCAAUGUGGGAAAACCUUUGCAGGUCACAGCAAUCUUCAAAUCCAUAAAAGAAUACAUACUGGAGAGAAACCCUAUAAAUGUAAGCAAUGUGGCAAAGACUUUACACAUCACAGUACUCUUCAUAUCCAUAAAAGAAUACAUACUGGAGAGAAACCCUAUAAAUGUAACCAAUGUGGCAGAACCUUUGCACAAUUUGGUCAUCUUCAAUGUCAUAAAAUAACACAUACUGGAGAGAAACUCUAUCAAUGUAACCAAUGUGGGAAAGCCUUUACAUAUUCCAAAACUCUUAAAAUCCAUAAAGAAGAAACACAUACUGGAGAGAAACCCUAUGAAUGUAAUCAAUGUGGCAAAGCCUUUGCAUGUCGCAGAUAUCUUCGAAUCCAUAAAAAAACACAUACUGGAGAGAAACCCUAUGAAUGUAACCAAUGUGGCAAAGCCUUUGCAUAUCACAGAACUCUUCAGAUCCAUAAAAGAAAACAUACUGGAGAGAAACCCUAUGAAUGUAACCAAUGUGGCAAAGCCUUUGCAUAUCAUAAAACUCUUCAAAUCCAUGAAAGAACACACACUGGAGAGAAACUCUAUCAAUGUAACCAAUGUGGCAAAGCCUUUGCAUAUCACAGAACUCUUCGAAUCCAUAAAAGAACACAUACUGGAGAGAAACUCUAUGAAUGUAAUCAAUGUGGCAAAGCCUUUGCAUGUCUUGGAAAUCUUCAAAAACAUAAAACAACACAUACUGGAGAGAAACCCUAUGAAUGUAACCAGUGUGGCAAAGCCUUUAAACAAUAUGUUCAUCUUCAGUGUCAUCAAAGGAUACAUACUGGAGAGAAACCCUAUGAAUGUAAACAAUGUGGCAAAGCUUUUACAUGUCACAGUAGUCUUCAAAUCCAUAAAAGAACACACACUGGAGAGAAACCCUAUGAAUGUAAUCAAUGUGGCAAAGCCUUUGCAGGUCACAGCAAUCUUCAAAGACAUAAAAGAACACAUACUGGAGAGAAACUCUAUGAAUGUAAACAAUGUGGUAAAGCAUUUACAUGUCACAGUUAUCUUAAAAUCCAUGAAAGGAGACAUACUGGAGAGAAACCCUAUGAAUGUAAACAAUGUGGCAAAGCCUUUGCAUGUUACAAAUCUUUUCAAAUCCAUAAAAGAACACAUACCGGAGAAAAACCCUAUGAAUGUAAUCAAUGUGGCAAAGCCUUUGCAUGUCGCAGAUACCUUCAAAUCCAUAAAAGAACACAUACUGGAGAGAAACCCUAUGAAUGUAAACAAUGUGGCAAAGCCUUUGCAUAUCACAGAACUCUUCAAGUCCAUAAAAGAACACAUACUGGAGAGAAACCUUAUGAAUGUAAUCAAUGUGGCAAGGCCUUUGCAUGUCACAGAUAUCUUCAAAUGCAUAUAAGAACACAUACUGGAGAGAAACCCUAUGAAUGUAACCAGUGUGGCAGAGCCUUUACACAAUUUGUUCAUCUUCAAUGUCAUGAAAUAACACAUACUGAAGAGAAACCCUAUGAAUGUAACUAAUGUGGCAAAACCUUUAAACGUCACAGUACUCUUCAAAUCCAUAAAAGAACACAUAGUGGAGAAAAACCGUAUGAAUGUAAUUAAUGUGGCAAAGUCAUUGCAGGUCACAGUACUCUUCGAAAUCAUAAAAGAAUACAUACUAGAGAAAAAAUCUAAUAAAGCCAUUUGUUAGCAGUCACCUCCUAAGGGAUGCAACAUAGUUUGUGGGAAUAUAGUGGGUGGGUUUUUCUGAUUCUUUUGCCUUCUUUCGAGAUGGUUCUUGUCUUAAUUAUUUUCUUUGCUAGGUUUCAUAUGAGGGUUUGUGCCUAUUUUUAUUAAAAUAUGGUAUGCCUUGUUCAUUUGAUAUCCCC